AUGGCUACAUUUCACACGUUUCAACGAAUUUUCAAUUCAUCAUUUCAAUUCUACGGACUUUCCGAUUGGUUAUUAGAACUUAUGCCGGAUAAUGUUAAUCUUAAUCACUCAAACAACAAACAACCAUCGAACGGUUGGGUGUUUCGACGACAUAAUGCUCGUUCGAAAUUUACUUGUCCCAAUUGUACGGAAUUAAAUUCUCAUUCAUCAAAUCAAUCUCAUAACGGACAACUCAUCGGCCGAAUUCAAAUGAAGAUCUUCGAACAGGGUUGUCAAACAUGUAACAUGUACAGUACCGGCGUUCUCGAAGAAAAAGAGAUUAAAAAGACGUUCUAUCGUUUGUACCUUUGGAUAUUAAAAACAUUUUACAAUGUACGUUUGGUUGAUAAUGAUGAUGAUCAGGACGAACCUAGACGACAAGAACAUAUUCAACAAACGAAAAUCUCCCAUGAUUCCAGUCGAUGUGACGGUUGUCGAUUGGGUUGGUGUAAAGCUCUGUAUACGAAUCGAAACAAAUAA